UUCUCCUUCUCUCUUUUGUUUUGUGCUUCGUUCUGUACUUCGAGCGAAGUUCUGGUGGACGAUUAGACUUUUCUCUUUCGUUUCUUCUCUUCCUUCCUCCUUUCUUCUCCUGUUUCGUGUGUGUUUCUAUUCUCUUUUGUGGUGCGCUUCGCUGAAUGGGAUGUGGAGCCUCAUUGGCGCAACAGGGAGGUGAUGGAGGCUUCGGACUUGCCAGUCUUCUCAAGGACGCUCAUCUGCAUCCUCGCGAGACCAGGAUUCUACAGAUAGAGGAAGUGGACAGUUUUGAAGACUGUGAGGAUGGAAGCCAGUUGGAGAAUGACGAGGAGUAUGCUAUCAGAGAAGCAUCUUUGGCCUCAUGUACUCAUAUGGCGGAGAUAACAGGAGCAUGGGUGUGGGGUAUAUCGGCUGGAGGCUCCCGUAACAAUGUAGAGAUGUUCGCAGUAAACCCGCAGUACCUGCUUCAGAUAGGCCACGAGGAUUUGGUGCUUAGGAAGAUGUUUUCGGCGACGAGACGCCAGGCGUCUAUUGUCGAAACUCAUAUCAGUCUGGCUCAACUAGACUAUAAGAAACGGAUGCUGCAUAUUGCUUUCUUUCUCUACAAGGUAACAUCACAACUAGAACGCCUGGAAGCCGAGUACUUCCUCUGUGUACCACCUGAUGAGAGUUCAGGCACUUUCCGAAAUCAGGCGCAGGUGCAAGGCAGGUACCUGCUCAAAUCAGGUGCCUACAUCCUGGUGCCUGCCACCUUCCAUCCCUACCACUGUGCCAAGUUCACCAUUCAGGUGCAUGCUUCAAGGACUGUCUCCCUGGCACUGUUAUGAUGCUCGAACUGGCAACACUGCUUCAAGGACUGUUUCACUGGCCCUGUUAUGAUGCUCGAACUGGCAACACCGGUUCAAAGGCAACGUUAUUCUGGCAACAUUGCUUAAAUGGCAACGUGGAACUGGCAACACUGCUUCAAGGACUGUCUCCCUGGCACUGUUAUGAUGCUCGAACUGGCAACACUGCAACGUUAAACGUGGACCUCACUAUAUAAGCUGAUAGGACAAUAGUUCAGCUCCAAGGACGAUGAUUUAUCUUCAAGGAUAAUAGUAGCCUAUAAACCUUGCAGAACAAAUAUUAAUAGUAUACUUGUCAGGUACAUCAUAUGAGCAAGAUCGUAGUUAUACUCUGUCCAAUCUCGCAUGAGCUCUGAAGGAUCAGGCCGACCCUCGCUCCCCCACGCGCAGGCACACACACCCGGCCUACCAGCGCCAUUGAUAUACUAUGUAUACUACUUAGUAUACAGAUAGACAGACUGUUCGUCCCUUUACUCACACACACAAAAGGAAACUGCUCUUGUGUGUGUGAGUAGUAGGAGGCUCGGCCUAAUCCUUCAGAGCUCAUGCGAAAUAGGACAGAGUAUAGAUUUUCUUUAAACUGUGUGCAUUGAUUGAAUGGAUGCAUAAAGGAUGUUGGCAAUCUGGAAUGAAUCUGAAGGGACAAUAGUCCAUUUUUGAGGACAAUAGGAUUAAGGACAUGUUUGAGGAGAGUAGGCCACCCUUUUGAGGACAAUGGAAGAUGUGAUUUGACUCAUGAUCGAACACUCUUCUUAGGAACAUUAAUAGUGUACCUAUUUUAAACUAUUUUAUGUAAACAACAUUAUGUAGUGAAAUAUACUAUAAUUAUUAUCACUAUUGUAUUCUUAUAUAACUUGAGAAUGAGCAACAUCAGCACGAAACGGUCGUCGCCACACCAAAGAAUGUGAUUUUUUCACUUUAAAGUUAUACUUCAUACUUCUGUCCUUCGUCAUUGACCAGCUUCCUGGAUGGACGGCGUCACUUUAUAUUCAGACCUAAUUUGGUCGUCGUUGAUUAUAAACAUUUUUACAAAACUUGUCACAAACAUUAAAGUUUUUAAAGCUUAAAAACGGAUCGAGAUGGUCGGUCGGAUUCUAAAUCACUUGAAUCAAAUUAAAGACUUGUCGGCCUCAAAGUAUUCAGCCACAGAGUAGAAUGGCAUCCCACGCAGCCAGGCUCUAAUCCUGCAACCAAAACUUCUGUCAUCCAGAUCCCUCACCAUGUCUGCCUGAGUUUUGAAUUUUGAGUUCUUUGAAAUUUUGAAUUUUGUCUGGCAGCGCGUUGAAGAUCUUCUGUGCCAGUACAGGGAAACAGUCUCUUUUCUUGUUCAAUCUGCAGAAGGGUACAUCAAUUUUAGCUUUCCCUCUGGUAUUAUAUACAAAUGCUUAUCGGCUCUUCUUGUCAUUGAGUGACAAUUACUUUUUAUGUGUAGGAAGGAGAGCAGAAUCAUAGAGAAACGAUAGCAUAAGUAGAUAUCCCAUGGUAUAGGGCGUUUAUGUCGCAACUUUUACUGUUAUCCCAAGCCGAUAGUUCACGUAGUUCUUUCUCAUGCAGCUGUGUGACGCUGGUAGUCUCUCAAAUUGUGCCGUUCAUACACUCUCACCCCAACAGAACAGUAAAAAUUGACAAUAAUUGACAGUCAUCGGCUUGAGAUAACAGUAAAAGUUACGACAUAAAUUCCCUAUACCAUGGGAUAUCUACUUACGCUAUUGUUUCUCUAUGGCAGAAUGUACUGGUUGAACACCGUAUAGAUACCCAGUCUCAUGAAGUUCGGCCGACAGUGAUCAAGUUAUCCUGCUGAGUCUUAAAUUAAAUUGUAUAUAAAGAAAGAUUGUAUAUAAGAAUACAAUAGUAAUAAUUUAGUGGAAACAAGAUGGAUAACCAACAACUAACGUAUAAUUAUUAGUUGUAAUAAAUAAUAUCUGUGCCUUUUAAACACAAGAAUAGUGACUAUAAUGACUAAAGAGCAAUCACAUUUCGACUCAGACAAAAUGGACCAAGAGGAUAACUCAUGGAUUCUUAGAGUAGAUUUGUUACAAUCUUUGUAAAUUUUCUUUAGAAUUAAUAGAACUCAAUCAAAAUCUAUAUCUCACUGUGAAAUUAUUAUCAUUCGAGGUAUCCCUGUAGUAAUUAUAGUUUAGUAUGAAGUUCAACACAAUUCUUAUUUUUACAAUGGGAUACGGUAGCAAAAAUAAGACUAAACUAACCAGGGUUAAUAAUAUUAUUCAAAAUCAUUCUGAUUGGAAAAAUAGAAGUAGUUUUCUAUUUCAGGGAAAUUGAAUAGAUAGCACUAAAUCCUGGGAUUUUGUAAAUAUUUAUCAGAUUCCAUAUUAUUCGAUGAAUGUUCAUCAUCUAGAUAUAACCUUCGAAUUCGAUGCAAUCAAAACUCAAAAAUAAUUUUUUAUUGAAAUGAAGAAACAUUCUUUCAAAAGCUCAAUCCUGUAUAUUUUUAAGCAAUUCCUGAGAUAAGGUAAUACUCGUUCUUUCAUUGUAUAUUUAUUAUGAUAGGCUAAUAACAUAGAGCAACAAUAUGCUAUUGUUUCUCUAUGCUAAUACUUAGCAUUAUGAUUUGAAAACUAUAUGAAAUUAAGUCUUCUAGAGAGAUAUCUAUUGCGAAAGCAAUAAAGUAAUUUACUUCAAACUUAAUUUGUUGGUAUCAUUUGAUCUAAUUAUUGAUAAUGUAAUUAAAUAAUAAUAUUAGAAAUGCAAUACGACCAAGAUGUUAAUUGUAGGGUACAUUUGUAAUUUAUAUACUAUCAGCAAUAAAUAUUAAAUUUAUUCUAACACUGA